CGCCAGAAAAUAGCAACACAAAGCGUUCAAUCGAAGCGGUGAUAUCAUACAUUUUAUUUAUUACUGACCAACAGUGAAAAAAAAAUUGCCAUUCGGUGCCUAAAUAAGUAAAACUGAUCGAAAGAUCGCAAAGAGAAAUAAUUCAACGAUUGCUCACUCAAAAUCUUCGGUAAUAUUAAUCAAGAUUGAGGUUAUAGAAAAGAAAGAGAAAUGGAAAACGAGGGUCCCUCGUCAUCCUCUCGUGCGAGACGAGAAAAAAAAGACAAAUUCGGUCGCUUCGCUGCCCUCCAGAAGUUGAAGAAUCUCAAAGGCUCGAAGCACAAAUACGAAAUAGAAGAGAUCGAUAACGUCUACGACGUAGUGGAUGACAAGGACUUUGCGAAAACGGUCGUAGAGCGUCAACAAGACGACUGGAUCGUCGAUGACGGUGAUGGUGGAUACGUCGAGGACGGCAGAGAGAUAUUCGACGAUGACUUGGACGACGAGAGUAUUCAGAAGGCCUCGCGGGCCUCCCUCUCAGGACCUAAGAAACGAAAGCACAAAGAGUCCAAGAGUAAGGGGAAUAUCCUCAACAUGCUCCAGAGCAUGCCCUCCAAAAAAACAGAGGCCAAGGCCGUCGAGGAUGACGACAUCCUCGGCUCUAUGCUUAAAGAAUUGGAAAAUAGCAAACCUUCAACUCCAAAAUCCUCUACCAACAGAUUUGCAACCCCGAAGACUGCUCCAAAACCGGUGAUUCGAGCGAACAAGACGCUCGAAGAAGAGGAAGAAGCGAUUUUCGAUUUUCCUAAGGCAAGGGCAAGUGAAAAAAUUCCUGAAGACACAAUACCAAAAAAUACCUCGACUGCGCCACAAAAUGGGAGUAAAAAAGAAGAUCCUUCAGGUCCAGAUCCUAAGAAAACAAAAUUGGUGGAACCAGAAAUAGAACCAGAAAUCACGAACAAGUCCCAAGGAACUGACGAAAUGUAUUCCCAAUACACUGCGGAAUUCCCAGACGACGAUUUCGAGUGUCCAGACGUAUCCUCGAUGCCUUCAGCCACAACGCAGUCCUCUCAACUCACUCAAUCCACCCAAAUCCCUCGGAAAGCGAAAAUUGACAUACCAGGUGACGAGGAUAUCGAAAAUCUUCUCAGCAACGUGGAAAUGUUCGAUCACUGGAAUUUCGAGGCAGACAAUAGCGAGGACACGACUCUCCAGGACCCAUCAGGAAAAAUUUCUGAAGAUCUGUCCACAGUGGUGACAACAAAUGCCUCAGGAGAUUCAAUCCUGAGAUUCUUCUGGUUGGACGCCUCCGAGGAUCCUUAUCGUCAACCAGGCGUGGUGAAUCUCUUCGGGAAAGUCCACCUGGAGGCCUCCAACACGUACGUCCCCUGCUGUUUGACUGUGAAAAAUAUCCCCAGGAGGAUUUACGUGCUACCCAGGGAGACCCUCAGCACCGGAGAAGCCAACACCAUGAUGAAUGUCUAUGGUGAGUUCAACGAAUACGCGAGUCGCCAGAAAAUAACAGAAUUUCGUUCUCAAACUGUAAAAAAGAAUUACGCAUUCGAGAUCGAAGGAAUCCCAGUGGAGUCUGAGUACUUGGAGGUGCGUUACUCGGCAUCGUUUCCUGCAAUUCCCUCAGACUACUCUGGAAAAACAAUUGAACAUAUUUUUGGAACGUCUGUGAAUGCCCUGGAGCUGUUACUGAUCGAGAGGAACCUCAAGGGGCCCUGCUGGCUCGAGAUAAAAAAUCCCAUUAUCGUCGAGAGUCUUGCCACCUGGUGCAAGCUCCAGGUGAAUUGCCUGAAGAUGGAGAACCUCUCGGUACUCAAAUUCGAUGAUGGGAGGAAGCUCUCCAUUCCCCCAACGACAGUCACCACCCUGAACAUCCGGAUUUCCUUGAAUUCAAAAGAACAGCAAAACGAAGUCAACAUGAUUUCAGUUUUAACUCACAAUAAUUUCCAAAUCGACAAAGCAGCCCCCAAGCCCCCCUUCAACCAGCACUGUGUCUUCGUCACUCACCCCAGGAACAUCCCUUGGCCUCUCUACGCUGUUGAUAAACUCAGAAAAUUCCAGAGUACAAAUGUCAUCGUGUGCGAUAGCGAGUCUGAACUCCUGGAGAAGUUCCUCGAUAAAAUCCAGAUUAUCGAUCCAGAUAUUCUAGUGGGGCACGACUGUGGCUUUCAAUUCGACGUCCUGACGAGAAGACUUGUGGCCCUGAAGGUGAAAAAUCCCAGCAGAACUGGCAAACUCAAGAGGAGUCUUCUGCCAUUCAUCAAAGGAAAGAUAAUGCUCCAGCAGAUAUUUUGCGGUCGUCCCAUUUGCGAUCUCCAGAUAUGCGCUAAGGAGGUCAACCUCAAGGUCCGUAACUAUGACCUCGACACUCUCUGCUCAGCAGUAUUGAACACCAAAGAGAAUCAUAUAAAGGAAAUCAAGCCAGCGAAUUGUUCCCAAUUUUAUUCGUCCCACGAGAAGGUCCUCGGAUUGGUGAAGAUUGUGAUGACAGAGGCAUCGUACAUUCUCAGUCUCAUCUGCGAGAUGAACAUAAUACCACUGGCACUGCAAAUCACUUCAAUCGCUGGGAAUGUGCUCUCGAGGACGCUAUCAGCUGGAAGAGCUGAGAGGAACGAGUUCCUGCUGCUCCACGCCUUCUUCAAGAAGGGAUACAUAACUCCGGAUAAGAAGAUUUCCAACAAGAAGACCGAGGAGAGCACCAAGAAAAAAGCAGCCUAUGCUGGUGGUCUAGUUCUCGAGCCGAAGAAGGGAUUUUAUGAUAAUUUGAUUUUACUCAUGGAUUUUAAUUCGUUGUACCCCAGCAUUAUUCAGGAGUACAAUCUCUGCUUCACGACUAUUCCAGGAGUCUGCUACACAGAGCUCACGAAUGCUCAUAUUCCUGGGGGAGAUGUUCAGACUGGUGUCAUUCCCACAGAAAUCAGAAAACUCGUGGAGAGUCGGAGUGAAGUGAAGAAACUCAUCAAAACACCAAAUCUCUCCCCUGAGCUGAAGCUUCAGUAUAAUAUCCGGCAGCUUGCCUUGAAACUGACAGCGAAUUCGAUGUAUGGAUGUCUUGGAGCUGCCCAUUGUCGAUUUUACGCUAAAAAUCUGGCUGCCCUGGUGACAGCCAAAGGACGAGAGAUCCUCCAGAAUACGAAGAUCCUCGUGGAGAAACUGAAUUAUGAUGUUGUGUAUGGGGACACAGACUCCAUCAUGAUUUAUAUUAACAUUUCGAAUUAUGAUGAGGCCUUUGGGGUGGCUAAGAAGAUCAAGCAGGAGGUCAACAAAACAUAUAAGAAGAUUGAACUGGAUAUUGAUGGGGUCUUCAGGUACAUGUUGUUAUUGAACAAGAAGAAAUAUGCUGCUAUGUUGAUGAGCAAGUCACCCAGUGGGAAACUGGAGUAUCAGACUGAGUGGAAGGGAUUGGAUAUUGUGAGGAGGGACUGGUGUCAGCUGGCCUGCGAUGUCGGGAAACAUGUGAUUGAUCAGAUAUUCACGGAGUUGCCUAUUGAGGAGAAAACAGCGAAAAUUCGAGAGUACCUCGAGAAGAUCGCGACAAACCUGAGGAGUCAGAGCAUUCCCCUGUCAUCUCUAGUAAUUACCAAGCAACUGUCAAAGGAUCCGAAGGACUACCCCCAGAAAAAUCAGCCCCACGUGGCAGUUGCCCUGAGGUUGAAUAAAUUGGGUGGGAGGAUGUGGAAGGCAGGGGAUACCGUUCCCUACAUCAUCUGCCUGGACGGCACCUCCCACUCGCCCGUCGAAAGGGCUUACCACAUUGACGAAUACAAGAAGAGUGAAGACCUCACUCUGGACAUCGAUUACUACCUCAUCAAUCAGGUAAUUGCAGUUCUCCAACGAAUCUGCGCACCAAUUACGGAGUUGGAUGGUGGAUUCCUGGCAGAGUGCCUUGGAGUCGCUGACAAAUACAAACCAGCGGUGAUUCCUUCCUCCAAUGGAGCAGAGAACUCCAAUUACUCGAGCACUUACACCCCUAAGGCCUGGAGAUUUGAGAAUUGCACGGCUUUUGUGUUCAAAUGUAAAGAGUGUGGAGCAGAAAACAAAGUGAAAAAAUUUUUGAAAGCAGUGGGGAAGAAGCAACUGCCAGCCCUUGAAGCUUGCUCCAUGGAGACUUGCAAGUCAGCACCCUGGAGACACGUGAAAGCUGUACAAAAUCAUCUCCAGAUGGAAAUGAGGAAAUUUGUGGAUAAGUAUUAUCAGCAGGAUCUGCAGUGCGAUAAUUCAGAGUGCAGUUACAGUACGGAUUCUCUGCAGCUCGGGUGUUCGGACAAGGUGACCAACAGACCUGUUUGCCCGAUGUGCUCUGAGGGAGAGCUCGUCAGGGAAUUCACUGAGACCAUGUUGUACGAUCAAUUCAGCUUCUACCUAGAUUGUUUCGAUGUUGGAAGGCAUGGGAAGGAAUUGGAAACACCUCUAACACCUGAAGUUAUUGCUGCGUAUGACAGACUGAAGCAGUUUGUGGAGAGGUACCUCAGAAAAAAUGCCUAUUCCAUCGUGGACCUCAGUAAAGUAUUUCUGUGUAUCAGGCAGGGCAACCAAGAAAAAACUGCGAAGAACAAAAGUUAAAUAUUGUAGAUGGGGACGUGAUAAAUAUUUUGUAAUUAGAUAUAAAUCCUGCAGAAUGUUUUUCCAUUAUUUUCGUAUAAUCUGUAAUAAAAUUAAUUUUUUUAAUCCAAA